AUUUACUUGACAUUAGGAUUAUUCUUGUCAGGCUAAAUUUCAGCUAAACCCAGGUUAUGGAAAAGUGACAAGGAAUUUUUAUGAAGUUCAUUUACUGCAUUUCCUCAAUUUAAAACAUGUCACGCAAUUUAAAGAACAGCAAAACAAAAGCACACAUUGACUCCAGCCUUUAUCACCUUGGCUUGUAUAGUUACAUUGACUCCAGCCUUUAUCACCUUGGCUUGUAUAGUUACAUUGACUCCAGCCUUUAUCACCUUGGCUUGUAUAGUUACAUUGACUCCAGCCUUUAUCACCUUGGCUUGUAUAGUUACAUUGACUCCAGCCUUUAUCACCUUGGCUUGUAUAGUUACAUUGACUCCAGCCUUUAUCACCUUGGCUUGUAUAGUUACAUUGACUCCAGCCUUUAUCACCUUGGCUUGUAUAGUUACAUUGACUCCAGCCUUUAUCACCGUGGCUUGUAUAGUUACAUUGACUCCAGCCUUUAUCACCGUGGCUUGUAUAGUUACAUUGACUCCAGCCUUUAUCACCGUGGCUUGUAUAGUUACAUUGACUCCAGCCUUUAUCACCGUGGCUUGUAUAGUUACAUUGACUCCAGCCUUUAUCACCGUGGCUUGUAUAGUUACAUUGACUCCAGCCUUUAUCACCGUGGCUUGUAUAGGUACAUUGACUCCAGCCUUUAUCACCGUGGCUUGUAUAGGUACAUUGACUCCAGCCUUUAUCACCGUGGCUUGUAUAGGUACAUUGACUCCAGCCUUUAUCACCGUGGCUUGUAUAGGUACAUUGACUCCAGCCUUUAUCACCGUGGCUUGUAUAGUUACAUUGACUCCAGCCUUUAUCACCGUGGCUUGUAUAGUUACAUUGACUCCAGCCUUUAUCACCGUGGCUUGUAUAGUUACAUUGACUCCAGCCUUUAUCACCGUGGCUUGUAUAGUUACAUUGACUCCAGCCUUUAUCACCGUGGCUUGUAUAGUUACAUUGACUCCAGCCUUUAUCACCGUGGCUUGUAUAGUUACAUUGACUCCAGCCUUUAUCACCGUGGCUUGUAUAGUUACAUUGACUCCAGCCUUUAUCACCGUGGCUUGUAUAGGUACAUUGACUCCAGCCUUUAUCACCGUGGCUUGUAUAGGUACAUUGACUCCAGCCUUUAUCACCGUGGCUUGUAUAGGUACAUUGACUCCAGCCUUUAUCACCGUGGCUUGUAUAGGUACAUUGACUCCAGCCUUUAUCACCGUGGCUUGUAUAGUUUCAUGUCAAGUCAAACAGCAUCUACAGCCAUCUUUUGAGAGAAGUUUUGCUGUUCACUGCAGAGCUGUGUCGAUGUGCUUUUCAUAGUCCUCAAGCCAGCCAGCCGGGAAAACAACCCCCCCCUGCUCAGGGCUAACCGCAUUGUCCUAAAGCCAGCCCGCUAAUACCGCUACACUGUAUUUGCUUUUUAAUCGGAAUUGGAAUGAUUUUCAUAGCCUAUUUUAAAUUGUUGGUGUUGAAUUGAUGCCCUUGCUUAACGUUGCAUCAUGAUACUUCAUGUUUAAUGCAUUUUUUUCCGUC